CCUAGUGCUCUAGACAGUCAAUUAGGAGUCGUUCGGGUUUUCAGUAGAAACUGCACUAGUUUCGUCAUGUGAGCCGAAUUUACUUUAAAUGAAGUCUUUGGUCCUAAAAAGUUCAGCGAUCUGGUGUCUCAUGAUCAGUAGUGUUUUCCGGAGAGCAUCCUCCAGCAUGUCCUGCCGAGAGAAUCAUGUGAUUUGGAAAUCAGGGCCCGUGGAGGCGUAUUUGCAUCCUUCUCCAUGGACUCCAGGGGCCACUGUCGUGACCCACAAUCCCCCUAAAACCCCAAACAGCCUUUUCCAUUUAUCCGAAUCCUCCUUCCUUAGCCUUCUCCUGGGAGCACGAGCAGUCGGAGAUCUCCUCUGCAAGCGCCUCAGUGUCCAGCGCUGCGCUCUGGUCCACAAGCCCGACUGUGAAGACGGCACGACUGCAAACCUGCUUCUGCUUCCUCUUCAUGGCUUGGAGGACACGUGGAGGCCGCAUCUCGCUCCUGAGGAAGACUUUCAGCCUCAAGAUCCCGGCUACAUAACUUCCAAAAGCGGCCCACGCUGGACCGAUCUUAACCUGGAAGCCGUUAAGGAUAGAAUUCGAGCAAAAUCGCCUUCCCCGGAUGCUCCUCUUAACUACACGUUCCUUGGAGAAGCGUCACACCAGGGAUUGUUUUCUCGUAUCGUUCGAGGAGAGGAGAAGCAGUGGAGGGUCUGGGAGGAUGACGGCCACAUUGCCUUUCUCACACCGUUCCCCAACACUCCAGGGCUGACGGUGGUGAUUCCACGCAAACCGCUCACCAGCGACAUCCUCCGUCUAGGGAACGGGGAUUACAAAGAGCUUGUGCUGGCAACCCGGAAGGUGGCGAGGCUGUUAGAAGAAGCUCUGGGAGCAUGGGGAGUGGGGGUCAUAUUUGAGGGGUUUGAGAUUGACUACGCUCACGCUAAACUGAUUCCUCUGGUUUCAUCACCAGGCAACGUGACGCAAAGCGCAGUGUGUUCAGUACCAGAGUUUUAUGACUUGUACCCUGGGUUUGUGAGCUCAGCUAACGGACCUCCAGCUACUUCUGAACAGUUAAGACAGAUCCGUGAAAAAAUCACUAAAGCAUCAAAGGACUGAUGUUUUAAGUUCACGUCUCUUUUUUUAUUAUGACUUUUCUUUUACCAGAUUUAACUAGAUUUUUUUGUAAUUAACUAUUUGUCCACACUUCUUUGCCUUUCUACACAUUUUUUAAGGCCAAUCUUCUGUACCUGCCCAGUUCAUUGCUUUGACUGGCCUCGUAAUUUUUGUCAGUUUAGCCUGGACAACUUUUAAUUCACAUAUAAACAGCAUUUUUCUUGUUUGGAUACCAAAAUACUUUCAGUUUGCACUGAUAUUAUAUAUUUACUUGUUGAAGUAACUAAUCUCAAUGUAAAUUCGGUGUAAUAUUGACCUUCACUGUAUUAAAGUGAACAUCGCUCACUUCCCCGAA